AUGAAGGAAACGACUCAGCUGAAACCGGUGACUUAGAAGAAAAGCAAGAGCAAUUUUUUAUUGGAAAUGAAUGAGAAGGAUAAAGAAAUCAAUAAUCAGAUUAUUAAGAACAUGAAUAAGAGAGUAAAUUAUCUAAAGAAUCCUCGAUUCAAAAUUAACAAAGCGCCGUAAGUUGGGUUUGAAUUAAAUUAGGACAUUGUAGUAGAGAAAGAUCAAAUAACAUCUUUUAGGGUUUUCCCAAAAUAAUUGAUAUUUAGAGAGUACAUGUUGAAUGGCAUGUACGAAAUCGAUUUGUAUGUUACCAAUGCAACUGGAAUUUUGCAGAGAAUCAAAGUGCUACCUCCUGAAAAAAAGGAGUUUCAGAUAGCAGCAAUCAAGUAUCCAACAAAAGAGGAUGGAUUCAUAGCUCCAGGGAUGAGUGCAGUAUUAAAGGUCAGAUUUAAUCCAUCCUCUUUGGCAGAGUUUGACGAUACAUUAGCCGUAAUAACAGAAGAUCAUAUUUUAAAAGUUCCAUUAUUAGCAAGGAAGGAACCUCCACAAUUGGACUUACCGUCAUAAUUGGAUUGUCAGAGUUGUUGGAUAGGUGAUUAAGUAGAAACAAGAUUUGUAGUUAAAAAUUCUGGAGGAGAAGCAGGCUAUCGUUUUUUUAUAAAUAAUCAAUAAGAUUAACAAGAAGAAGAGAAUUACAUCUAGGUUGGCAAUUUUUACUUAUCACCUGCUGAAUUCUUCUUGCAUAAAGGAGAAACUCAAAUCAUCUAAGCCAUAUUUAAACCAGAUCUUGAAGGCGAAGUCAUAGAAAAUAUCAUUUUGGGAUGUGACAAUUUGACUUAGGCCACUUUAAAAUUGAUUGGCAAAGGCAACAUGGUAGAAUUAGGGAUCUUGGGAAUUGAUAACAUUAAUCUAGAAAAUUAAGAGCAACUAUAAAAAAUAUUCUUUAAUGAUCCCAUCCCAAAAGUAGAGACCAGUAGACAAUUAAAGAUUAGAAAUAAAACAUCGGUUAAAGUCAAAUAUCACUGGUAUCUACAAAAUGAUGAUAAGGAAUUAAAAUUAGAAGAUGAAUUGAACUAUUAUUCCAUUCAACCUUAAGAAGGAUAUUUUUAGCCUAAUGAAGUUAUAGAUUUUAAGAUAUUUUUAAAGAGUGAAGAAUAUUAUCCUCUAUUUUAAACUGCAUAUUUAAUUAUUGAUGAUAUUCCAUUUGAGAGUAUUAGGAAUCCUCCUCCUAAUUUAAGAUAACAAUUUGAAACUAAUUCAUAAUCCGUGGCUAUUGGAUCUAAUAGCAUUAAACCAUCAAUCACAUACUUUGAAUUUGAAUUAAUUAGCAAAUCUGCCCUUGGAGAAGUGAGUGUCACACCUCAAUUCUACAAAUUUCCUGUUCCUAUUUGUGUGAAUACUUUGGCUUAGUAUAAAUUUAAAUUGUCAACAACAUCAAAAACUUAAAUGAAAUAUUCAAUUAACCCACUUCAAUUGGAUUAUUUCUAUAUUCAAGAAAAAUAAGGAGUCAUCAAUAGCGAGGCUGAGAUCGUCUUAGGAGUUCAAAGUUCUGAGGUUGGUCAUAUGAAAUUAGAGUACAGAGUAGACUUUGACUAUGCUAAUUCUAUUCUAAUUACAGUGUUUGCUGAUGUCAUAGCUCCUUUCAUAUCAGUAAAAUAAAGUUGGCUGAACUAUGGGUUGAUUUAAACCUACUCUUUAGAAUCUUAAGAAUUAACUAUCAAUAAUUUGUCACCAGUUCCUGCUCUGAUUAAGGCUUAAUCUGGUUCGGAUUAAAGGUUAUUAUUUAAUAAAGACUAAUUCGAGAUUAAACCAAAUAGUUCAAUUUAAUUUAAGGUUGAGUUUCAAUCUAGAGAGGCUGAAACCUAUAAUGAUUUCCUAUAUUUUUAGGUUGAAAAUGGUGAUUGUGCUGUCUUAGAUGUAUUCGCAGAAGUUCAAAAUCCAAGUGUCUCAUUAAAUAGAUUAUCUCUCAAUAUUGACACACUGUACUGUGGAAACACCUACACUUUUGAUUAAAGAGCCUAAUAAUACAUCAUGCUCUAGAAUUUGGGUAAUAUCAGUACACCUUUUGAAUGGGUGGUUGAUAAUGAGAAGUAGGAGAAAUAUUUGGUUUAAUUUGAACCCAAGAAAGGAGUUUUAAAGCCAAAAACCAAUUAAAUCAUUAAAUUCUCCAUAAAACCUAAGGAAGGUGGGAAAUUAAAUGAACUCUUUGUUUGUGAAGUGCAAGGAUUGCAAUAUCCAUUAGGAUUUGAAAUGAAUACUAUGAUUUAUGGAUUAUCUGUGGAAUACGAAUUAGUCGAUGAUAGUGCACAUAUCUCUUCGAAAACAUCUGUGAGUUCAAAAUAAAAAAGUCUCAAGGAUUCCAGGAAGUCACUUUUGAAGGCGGACACUGAAAUUAAAAAUUAAUAAAUGGAUAAAUUGGAAUUUUACAAUUGUACAAUCAAUUAACCCAAAUAAGCCAAGUUCUUAAUUAAGAAUACAUCAGGUAUUCACACAUAAUUUAAUUUGUAUAUGAAAAAAUAUCAACCACAUGCUUUGGAAGAGUAAUCAACUAUCUUUGAUGACUUCGAUGCCAAAUCAUAAGCAGCAAGAACAAUUAAAUUUGCUGAAUCUUCAAUUUCUAAAUCUGUAUCAAAAAAAGGAAAGAUAUCCUAAGGAGGUAGACCUGUAGUGUUAUUAACAAAUAAGAUUGAAAAAACACACAAUUUCACUUCUGAAGCUGGUCUGAGAUUGAAUAAAUAAAAGAAGAUGGAACAUGAUUAAAGAGUGUAUCUGUCUAAUAAUCUUGGUAUUGCAGUGGUAUUUGAGCCAUCCUCAGGUACCUUAAAUGCAUAUGGGUCUGUCGUUGUUUAAGUGACAGUAUUCAAUGAUAUUUGUGGAUUAUUUGAUGAUUUUAUGUGUUGUGACAUCCGAGGACUUCCAACAAAGGAGUUUCCCAUAGCAAUUGAUAUUAAGGGAUCUCCGAUUGUUAUUAGUCCCAGCCAAUUGGGAUUCAAUUACAAGACUGACUUUCCCACUUUCGAUUUAGGUACUUAUAUGCGGAAUUUCGGAACAAUCAGUAGAGAUUUUAGAGUAAUGAAUACUGGUCCGCAGGAUGUUGAAUUGGAAUGGAAGAUUUACAAUCUUGGAACUAGUACUACUUCUGAUUACUUUGAUAUUAAAAUUACGGAUCCUUAAUUAGGAUCAGAUUAGUUAUGCGAUGUCUAAUUUAUAGCAAAUGAACCUCAGGAAUCAAAGGAUGGUCCAUUCUAAGUAGUACCAAAUAAGGAGAGGAUCAAACAAAGAAAGGAGAAGCAUUUCACCUUACAUUUCACUACUCAAGAUACUGGAAAUUAUAGUGCUUGUUUGGUUGCUAGGCCAAGACUUAUUAAUUAGGAUAAGACUAUUGGCGAGGUGGCUUUCUAUGUGAAAAGUGAGACCAUCACACCUUACUUGACAUUUGAUAAGCUUGAAAAGUUGGAAGGAGGGUUUUAAGUGAAGUUUUAGAAAUGGUCGAGUGGCUACAAUAUAAAACAGGAGAAGAAACUGGUUUUAGUUAAUAGAAAGAAAUCAAGUUUUGUAUGCACUUUUGAAAUUGAAGGGCCGUUUAAAUUAAUUAAAACUUCAACUAAUUCUCCUUAAAAAUAUGAGUUAGGUAUGAAAACUGAGAUUGCAAAAACAUUCAAUUUGGUAACAGAUUCGCAUGUGGAAUUGCUAGUUUAAUUUGAGGGUUAUUAACCUAAUGAUCCAGUAAAUUGGCCUCUUACUUAUAAGGUUUAUCAUCAUGGGUCGAUUAAUAUCUUCUAUGCAAAUGGAGAUAAGCAAUCAAUUUAAAUGGAGGGAGUUCUCUUGAGACCUUUUGUUCACUUAAAUACCUCAGGGAUUGAUCAAGUGGAAGGACCUGAAGUUUUGGAUUUUGGAGAAGUGCAAGAGGAUAAAACUAUGGCUAUUUAUUUGUCCAAUUUAUCUUUUGGUACCUGCUUAAUGGAAAUUGCAGCAUUAAAAAAAUCCAUUAAGGAAAAAUAUAGUUGA